AUGAGCUCCCUUCGCAUUCUCCUCCUAAUCUCUUCCCUCUCAUUAUCAAUGGCAUCCUACAAUGUCAUGGACUUUGGGGCCCGGCCCGAUGGUCGGAGCGACUCGGCACGGGCCUUUCUUGCUGCAUGGGACAAGGCCUGCCGGGCCCAUAAGCCCGCAUCAAUCGUCGUGCCGGCAGGCCGGUUUUACAUUAGCCAGGCCUUAUUUCAAGGCCCAUGUAACAAUGGUGCACUUAGGAUUUUUAUCCAAGGGACUUUGGUUGCUCCCUCUGGUUAUAGCCAUUCAAGUACUUGGAUCACAUUCAAGUAUGUUGAGGGUGUUUCUAUUCAUGGAGGCACUCUUGAUGGUCAAGGACAGCCUCUGUGGAAGUGCAAGAUGAGAGGAGGCGAUUGUCCAGGUGGUGCAACGUCUCUGACAAUUGGAGAAUCAAACAAUAUCGUCAUCGACAGUCUCUCGUCGCUAAACAGCGAAAUGUUCCACAUUUCAGUAUUUGCUAGCAGCUAUGUAACUAUUCGGGGAGCCAAAAUCACGGCGCCCGGCGACAGCCCCAACACCGACGGAAUCCACAUCCAGAAAUCAACUUAUGUAAACGUCACAGGAUCCACGAUAGAGACCGGCGAUGACUGCAUAUCGAUGGGCGAGGGUACGUCCAACGUCUGGAUCGAGAAGGUUAACUGUGGUCCUGGACAUGGCAUUAGCAUCGGAAGCUUGGGCGACCAACCACAACAAGAAGGAGUGCAGAACAUUACGGUGAAGUCCGUGGUGUUCACCGGGACACAGAACGGACUCAGGAUUAAGACGUGGGGAAAACCCAGCAGUGGGUUUGUACGUGGAGUUACAUUUCGACACGCAGUCAUGAAUUAUGUCCAGAAUCCCAUUGUAGUUGACCAAAACUACUGCCCUGGGAAUGUAAAUUGCCCGAAUCAGAGUUCAGGCAUUAAGAUCAGCAAGGUCUCCUACAACGACAUACAAGGAUCGUCGGCAACACCAAUCGCCGUCAAAUUUGACUGUAGUCCGACAAACCCUUGCCGGAAAAUAGGAUUGCAGAACAUAAAGCUCACAUACGGUAAGAAACCGGCGCAAUCUUAUUGCAGUCAUGUGCACGGCAAAACUUCAGGCUUUGUUAUUCCUCCAAGUUGUUUAUGAGACUUGAAGAAGCAAUAGUUGCUUAGAGAUGUUGUAAUGUUGCAUUAUUAUAGGAGAGGGCCGUCUCCGGCUGGUUUCUUUUAUUGACUUGUUGAGGGCAGUCCAGAGAGACAAAGUCUAUUUUCCCAUUUGUAUUUGUGAGCCUGUUUUAUUGGCUUAUGGAGAACUAGUACAUAUGUAUUCUUUAUAUAUAGCUUGAAGAAUUAGUUG